UUUUGGAGAAACGGAACUUUGUUCCAAUCAGUACACAGAAAUUGGUGGCAAUCGACGUAUCGUGAAAAUGGAAGAGAACUUUGUGAGAAAGUUUGACAAAGUGUCGUCCCUGAAGUGUUUGUUCUCGUUUACGAAUCCAGCAGUAAGGAAGCUGCUGGGUUGGCGUCAGAACGACGAGGAGGAAAAGUGGGCUGAGAGAGCUGUCGAUUCUCUUGUAAGGAAGUUAAAAAAUCGUAAAGACGCCUUGGAGGAAUUAGAACGUGCCCUGAGUUUACCAGGAACGCCAAGUCGUUGCGUAACCAUACCAAGAAGCUUGGAUGGUCGUCUUCAAAUUUCUCACCGAAAGGGACAUCCACAUGUGAUAUACUGUCGAAUAUGGAGGUGGCCAGAUUUACAAUCGCAUCAUCAAUUGAAACCAUUGGACAUUUGCAAGCAUCCGUUUUCAGCAAAGGACAAGGAAAUCUGUGUAAAUCCGUAUCAUUACAAAAGAGCUGAGGAUCCUGCUUUGCCCACGAUUUUGAUACCAAAACAGUCUCCUGAAUUAAUGACUGAUUCAGCCACGCAUGUACGUGACAUAUAUCCAGUCAAUGAUGUGCCACAGAACGUCACUUACUCAGAAAACGGUUUUAUUAAAUCCGUCACGCCGCGAGGAACGUCCAAUUCUCGAAAUUUCGGCGUCACUUGUCACAAUGGUUCGUGGGAAAUGCCACCUUCGCCAUAUUCAAUGUCGACCAAUGAAUCGCCUUCUCCAGAACACAAUUAUACACAGGAAGUGAUCCCUAUCGUGUACAAGGAACCUGAGUGCUGGGCUACUAUAGCGUAUUAUGAGUUAAAUAAUCGUGUUGGUGAAACUUUUCGGUGCACCUUACCUUAUGUUACAGUGGAUGGAUACACUGAUCCCAAACGGAAUGGAGAUCGGUUUUGCUUAGGUUUUCUUUCUAAUGUUAAACGUAAUUCUACUAUUGAGCAUACUAGAAGACAUAUUGGACAGGGUGUUCGCUUGUAUUAUGUGGGCGGCGAACUUUAUGCCGAAUGUUUAUCCGAGUCGGCAGUUUUCUUUCAAUCGACUAAUUGCAAUGCACUGCACUUGUUCAGUCCGAAUACGGUUUGUAAAAUUCCAUCGGGUUGUUCACUCAAGAUAUUUGAUAAUCAAGAAUUCGCGAGGAUACUUUCCGAAAGGGUUGUAUAUGGAUUUGAAGCUGUUUACGAUUUGACGAAAAUGUGUACAAUUAGAAUGUCCUUCGUUAAAGGAUGGGGUGCUAAUUAUCAGAGACAAGAAAUCACUUCGACUCCAUGUUGGAUCGAAAUUCAUUUGCAUGGACCACUUCAGUGGCUUGAUAAGGUUUUGACACAGAUGGGAUCUCCGCAUUAUACAAGUAGCUCUGUAUCUUAAAAAGUUUCAUAAUACUUUUUACUGAAUUGUUGCAUAGAUAACGAUUGU